ACACAACAACAUACCGCAUGACCCAGCAGAAUAGCUUAACACAGCUCAGUAUAGCACAGUAAAGUAAUGCACUUCACAGAGUUAAACAUAAAGCACAAUAAAAUCCAAUGAAGAAAACAACACCGCCUGUAAUAUGAACAGCACAUUGUAAAUAUAUAUGAAAUCCACGUUACCAUUGACCAAUUCAUACAGAAAAUAUAUAUUAGACACACAUGCACACACCUAGUUGACAACAGGGCUGAAUGUGAGAAGUUGAGGCAGGAGAAAAUAAGAGAUGCGGAGACUCCGGAGAAAAGGAGGGAACAAUGAGAAGGUGUUUGGCUGUCACCUGUUGGACCACCUGGCUAUAACCUGUCAGGAGAUUCCUCAGGUGCUGCGAAGCUGCAGUGAAUUCAUUGAGAAGCAUGGGGUUGUAGAUGGGAUCUACAGGCUAUCUGGGGUGUCAUCCAACACACAGAAACUAAGGGGUGAGUUUGACAGUGAGGGAACCCCAGAUCUCAAUAAGGAUGUGUACCUGCAGGACAUUCACUGUGUCAGCUCUCUCUGCAAGGCCUACUUCAGAGAGUUGCCCAAUCCUCUCCUCACAUACCAGCUCUAUGACAAAUAUGCUGAAGCUGUGGCAAUUCAGCUGGAGGACGAGAGGCUGGUGAAGAUCAAGGACGUGCUGAAGGAAUUACCCACUCCCCAUUACAGAACUCUAGAGUUCCUGAUGCGUCACCUUGUAAAGAUGGCUUCUUAUUCCUCACACACCAACAUGCAUGCCCGGAACCUCGCCAUUGUUUGGGCUCCAAACCUUCUCAGGUCAAAAGACAUUGAGGCGUCAGGUUUUAACGGUACUGCAGCCUUCAUGGAGGUGAGGAUCCAGUCCAUCGUAGUGGAAUUCAUCCUCACCCACGUGCCCCAGCUGUUUCCUGAUUCAGGUAUUGGUCUGGAGUGUCUUAAGUCAUUCCCAUCUCCCUCUAUACACAAUCCAGAGAAACCUUUAUUCCGGGCCAUUCCAUUCCAGUUAGGCAAUAUCAGCCCAGGGGAUGGCCCCCCGGCCAUGCGCUCAUAUCACGCCAUCAUCGACGGCACAGACAAGAGGAAGGGAUCUCUCAAGAGCAGGAAGUGGAAGUCCAUCUUCAAUUUAGGAGGCAGACUCCAAGACCCGAGACGAAGGAACAAGAACUCAACCAAAGAAAAAGAGAGAACUGUCUUAAGGCCAGCCAAGAGCAUGGAUUCCCUGAGCUCAAUGCCCUAUUUGCAUGAAGGUUCCAGACAUCGAGCCCCUUCCACUGUCAUGUCCCCCCUGGCUCAGCCCUCUCCCUGUCCCCAAGGUGGUGCUGAUAGAGGGGCAUCCACUAAUGGUAGUGAUGUGGGCAGCGGAUAUGCUGUGACCUUCCGGAGGGGUCAGGGGGCUAGUGUGAGUGUAGUGAGCGGGGGAACAAAGGGCAAAUACAGUCGACUGGACAGUCACUGUAGUGGGGGCAACAGCACUGAGGCUCUGCAACCCCCAUCCAGAUCCCCAGGACUCUCCAGCAAAGCGGACCGGCGGGCAGGGAUACACAUCUCCGGACCUUUCUCAGUCACCGUCCCCCUUCACAUCACAUCAGGCCUGGCCUUUGGGGUGCUGCAGGGGGGUGGAGCAGAAAGGGGCAAUCAUAGCGGAGAUAAGGGGGAGGGUGAGAGACAGGAGGAAGGGGAAAGGCUCAUCCGAGUGGAAGUUGUGGUGGAGGACGAGACUGACGGAGUCAAGAGAAGAGAUCAAGAGGUAUCGGAGGAGAGGAGAGAUGAGGCAGAGGAUGAUAAAGUUGAAGGAAAAGAAGACAGAAGAAAGGAGGAGGAACUGAAUGGGGACUGUGUAUCUAAGCCAUCAGAGGAGAGGGGUGAAGAGAGUGAGGGUGGAGGAGCGGAUACAGUAAACCAUGAAAACGAUGAAGAGGAGGAUGAAGAGGGAGAACACAUGGAAAUCAAAGGCUCUGUGCAGACUGCCCUGGAUUCUCCAAAUGGUGUCAGAAAUGACGCAGUUGCCACAGAUGUGCCGUACCCUACGACGAUGGAGGAGGACGAUGCACAAGUCCAGGACUGUCCACUAGACUUUCAGGAUACUUUUGGAUUCCUGGACCUCAUGGACAGCAGUGCCUCCACCAAGGUGUGUGUGCGUGUGCACAUGUGUUUCAUAAUUUAGUCAUGAUCCUAACCUCUCUUCUCCAUCCUCUCUCCUCCCAGAUGUUCCAGGCGUUCUCAGUGGAGCCUCAUCAUGGGGAAGAUGAGUAUGAGGACGAGGUGGAGCAGAGAUCCCCUGAACUCUCACAUGACAA